AUGUUCUUCCUCAAAGACCUCUCGUUGAACUUGACGCUCCAUCCGUCCUACUUCGGUACGCAGAUGGACCAGUACUUGCGAGAUAAACUUCUUCUGGACGUCGAGGGCACUUGCACAGGUCAGUUUGGUUACAUCGUCUGUGUGUUGGACUGUAUGAACAUUGACGUGGGCAGGGGUAGGAUCAUCCCGGGCCUGGGGAUGGCCGAAUUCGAGGUCAAGUACCGUGCCGUUGUGUGGAAGCCGUUCAAGGGCGAGGUGGUUGAUGCUGUGGUGACGACGGUGAACAAGAUGGGUUUUUUCGCCGACGUGGGGCCCUUGUCUGUUUUCGUCAGUACCCACUUGAUUCUGUCGGACAUGAAGUUCAAUCCCUCUGCCAACCCACCUGCGUACGUCUCUCCAGACGAGACUAUAGAAAAAGGAUCCCGUGUGCGCUUGAAGAUUGUGGGUACUAGAACCGACGUCAACGAGAUCUACGCCAUCGGCUCCAUCAAGGAGGACUACUUGGGACCCAGCCCCUUGUGA